AGCAGCAGCAGCAGCAGCAGCAGCUAUACCAGCCUGCUCCGCUCUCCCGGCUGCCGACCCAAGCACAAGGCAGAGAGCUUCGGACGGAGGCUGUACCUCGCGCACCUACCAACCGGCGGCCCGUUUGCUGGUCGCACCAACGACUUCGACUACCUACCGACCUAUUCACCCCCUUGGGAGACACAUCUUGGUCGCGAGACAAAAAGAGGAGGGCAUCUGGGAGGAGUGACUUGCUGGCGGCACACGGCGGCGCGUAUAGGCUUGGUGCCCGAUACAGGCGCAUACGCUCCAUCAAGGGAGGAGGGCCCUCCCCCAUCUCGUCAUCGGCCGCUGUCGCACUUAUCCGCCCGAGGUUGUUCGUUUUGUGGACUCGGGGCUUGGACGGGAGUCUGGUUGCUGCCUCACGCACAGGUCACAGCCCGGCUCGAAUCCCCCUACCCAUGGCGCACUGAACCGACGGCCUCCCCCGUGAGUAGACAAAGCAGGAACACAAGAAGCGGAUACGAGAUGAAUACCUGGGCUCACGAUCGUACGGCCGGCGAAGCUUAUCCCGAUGAAGAAUACGUAUUAAGAAACAGCCCGCUGCUCCAGGCUCACGUAAAGGUGGACAUUAACCUGUCGCCAUCCUCGUCGCUGGACCUCGACGCCCCCGAGGACAGCCCGCCCAGCAAUUCGCGCUCCAGGAAAUCCGUCUCCUCGAAAAACGCCCCACAUCCGGGCGAUGCUGUCUUGAUGGCCGUGCUCGCCGGUGGUGGCAACCAGUUAACCGUGGACGCGGCCCUCAAACGCGGCCUCCCCUCGGACACCUCGGAAGAUCCUGAACAGGACUUUUCAGGCGGGGACGACGACUCGGACAGCAACAACGGCGACGGGGUUGGUGGGCGAAGGUCACCUGGGUCCGGAGCUCGAGAUCGUGGGCGCAACAUGUCGGUGGACGAUCCACCCCCUGCCGAUGCGCAGCCAGCGCCUGCCAGCGACUUGCAGUCUCUGGCCGCCGGCGCCAUGGCCGCCAUCGCCCUCGGGGGCGGUGUCGGCGACGGACCCGGCCGGACAGCUCCCGUUUUGGAUACGCGCUCGCUGGAUCGGGGGAAGACUGCUAUCGGGGGUAGGGGAGGCCGCCGCGACGGUCCGGUCCCUCUCCUGAAUCUGGAUAGGGAAAGAGAACGCGACGAGGAUAGGGAACGGGACGAUAGACACACCGCGCUCAGCGCCACGUCUCCAUACAGCCCGCAAAGCAGCAGCGUAUACUCACACUCGCCACUACAACAAAGUCUCUCGCCGAGACGCCAUCAGGUCGGCCUGCGGUCGCCAACGAACGUGCCGCGCAACCCAUCCCUGCCGCCCAUACAGGGUUUCAUAUCGCCCAUCUCGGACUCGAACGGCAGCCAUAACCCCCUGCCCUCUUUCCGGGAUACCUUCAGCAACCUCGGCAUAUCAGAAUCAUCACAAGCCGACCGCCGCCGCAGUACUGGCACCACAUACCAGCCGCAUUCGCCCUCGGCAGGUAUGCUGCGGCUGUCAAGCCUGUCGGUCACUUCGCCUCCGGUAUCACCGGGAGAUUUCAGGAGAGGGGACCUCCCGUCGCCUGCGGCACACUUGUCGGGCGCUCCGAGCCCGUAUUAUACGCACCACGUCGGGCCCAACGGCUACCCCAGGCACACCGACUACAGCAGCAGCAGCGCGACGGAGACGCCCGGUAGCACAGGCGACUACGCCCACACCCCUGCCGGGCCUGGAGGCGACGGGCGCAUGGUACCCGAGGCCGGGCUCCCGCCGUCCGGGGGCAACUUUGUGUGCAAGUGGCCGGGCUGCAACUCGCUGCCUUUCCACACGCAGUACCUCCUCAACUCGCACAUGAACGUGCACUCGUCGGCGCGCCCGCACUAUUGCCCCGUCAAGGGCUGCCCUCGCAGCGAGGGCGGCAAGGGGUUCAAGCGCAAGAACGAGAUGAUCCGCCAUGGGCUCGUCCACGACUCGCCCGGUUACAUCUGCCCCUUUUGUCCGGAUCGGGAGCACAAAUACCCCCGGCCUGACAAUCUGCAGCGCCACGUGAGGGUCCACCACGUCGACAAGGACAAGGACGACCCCAUGCUCCGGGAUGUGCUGGCCCAACGGCCCGACGGCCCAAAUCGAGGCCGUCGGAGGCGGCUCGGGCCUGGAUAAGGACCGGUGCCGUGCCUUCGUUUUGCGUUUUCGUCUCGUUCGACUCUCCAAUUCCAAACACGACAGUCAGCCCUGGCUCACGCUUCUUGCACAUACUUUCCAUCUUGCGAAGCCUUCCCCUCCCUUUUUUUUUCCCCAUCCAUUCUACAUUGGGAAAUGUCCGCGGGCUUCGUUCUGGAACCUGCCUGGACGAGGCUAUAGAAACUCUCCCCACAACCCGAGAUUGACUGGGCGACUCGUCAGCCGUUGGGGCGACGCCGCUUCGCUCAUUUUUUUUUUGGGUGGUACGUACAUACAUGAUACGCUUCUGCCGCUGGAAUCGAUAUCCAGUGGACCACGGGCCUCGAGGCUCUUUUGUGUCGCCGUCAGCAUCGUACACUAUCCUUUCGGUGUCUGGCUUCGUCCUUUUCUUCUUCUCUCUUUACCUUCAUGUUAUAUCCAAAAGGGAUAGGGUCUUCGAAUUCUUUGAGGCGGCGUUGGCAAAUAGGCCAACAGUGUCUGAUAUCACCAUUAGCCAGGGGAGAAACGGGACCACUGGGAGCCUCUCUUAUUAUUUCGAACCAUUAUCUUUCCACAUCGGCUGCUCAUUCCACCCGGGAGAGCCCUGUUCUUUUUCUCUUAUAUCCUAUUUACCGAAAUUGUUUUUUAUUCAUCGUUUUUCUUUUGUAUCCUGGAGCUGGCAGCAGGCUCCGCAGGAUGGGAUGGGCUGAUGGUGAUAGUCCGGAGUCAGGCGUAUUCGCAGAUACCACGGUCUUUGGUCUUUUUGUUUUCUUUUGGUUUAACUUGUGAGAUACAAAUCCACCGUCUACUCAG